AUGCCGCCACGAAACAACCCCCUCCCUGCCGCUGUCCGCCUUUUCAACUGCACAAUCUGUGACAAGGGCUAUCCCCGACAACUCGACUAUGAAAACCACCUGCGCUCCUACGACCACAACCACCGCCAACGUCUAGCAGACAUGAAGAAGCUCACCGCAUCCAACGACUCCGAGGGAAGCAAACCGAAACAAGGCCUUGAAAUGCGCAGCAUCAACAUUGAGGACGCGAAUAAGAAGCCAGGGGUUGGCGGGCGUUUUACGAAGAUUGGAGGUACUGCUGUUGCAGGGGCGGGUGGAUCGAGGUUCAAGAAAGUGGGUGUGGCUGUUAGUGGGGCGAAAGAGGGGUAUGAGGAAGGGAAGAAAGAUGAACAGCGGAAGGGGGUUGACGCCGUACCUGCAGAGAGCGCAGAGACGACGGUGAGUGGGGUGAUUAUGGCUGAGCCAUCAGUGGAGUUGAGGAAAGACGAAGAUACCGCUAUGGUGGACGAGGAUAAACAGGAGGCUAUCACUUGGGAAGAGUACGAUUUCACGAAACCAACUGGAUGCGAUCACGCCAAUUGUCCUGGAUGCAAGACGGAUGGUAUUUGGAAUGGCGAAUGGGUGUCGGUGGGCACUGCUUGA